GGCUAUCAGCUAUCAGUAUGAAGGUUCAAGGCUGGUCGCCACUUCUGCUCGUCACAGUGUGCAGCAAGUGUCUGCUGGCUGGUGAGGACCAGUCCCACACGAUGCGCCGACUAUUGCUGCUAGCCUUUUGCUCUGCCGCUGUGGCACGUGUGUUGGAUGUUUCAAAUGAAGUCGCUGAAGCCAUCAAGUGCUACGUUUGCGAUUCCACAAAGGAUUCUCGCUGCGCAGACCCAUUCAGUGAUCCUGAGGAUCUGCUGAUGACGUGUCCAGGAGAGGAGGCGGACAGCUGCGUCAAGAAUAACUUCGAAGGUGGCGCAGAGCGGUGUUGCCUAUGCGACGAUGACGACAAAAGUCCGGGAUGCUGUGUGAAGCAUGGUCCAGGGCGGGUCGAGACUACCACCAUCCUCUGCUUUGCACAUGGCUGUAAUGGAUCCGAUUCUGAUGACCACUGAAGUUAAACUUCACCUCUGAAUUGCAGACAGUACAUUUUCUCUGUUACCUGCCACCUAUUAUAUCGAUAAACAUACGCUUGGUGAACUGAGAUAUAUUUCAGCAUGUCACAGAAUAUAUUUAAAAUUUAUCAUGUGGUAAAUAAACAGUAGAAUUAAUUGUA